AGUUUGAGCUACGACUUCAUAGUCCAAUUCGGCAAAGGAUUACCACAAGCCCCACACCAGAACCAACUCCGCAACCACCACCCACUCACCAUAGCCAACAUGUUCUGCAAGCUGCUUUUCGCUACUUUCGUGGCCCUGGCGGUGGCCAAGCCCCAGCACCAACCUGCUGCCCAGUAUCCGGCUGGCGUGAAUCCGCAGGACUGCCCAAACUUCCCGAUCUGUGAUAAUGCGCGCCUGCAUAAUCCCCAGCCACAGUGGGGAGCCCCGCAGCCACAGUGGAACCCGCAGCCGCAGCCACAGUGGAACCCCCAGCCGCAGUGGCAGCAGCCGCAACCCCAGUGGAACCCCCAGCCGCAGCCCCAGUGGCAGCCACAGCCCUCUUGGAACGCGGCUCCUGCUGCCGCCCCCGGCGGCGAUAAGUAUCCGGCUGGCGUUAACCCGCAGACCUGCCCCAACUAUCCCUACUGCGACGUGAACGCCGGACACGGUGGUGCCCCCGUGGCCGCUCCUCCUCUUCCGGGCUGGACGGAGCGCCUGUAUCCCGCCGGAGUCUCGCCGCACCAGUGCCCCAACUUCCCGUACUGCAACUAGGGCCGCUCACUUGCGGACAGCCGCAGCUUCC